UCCUGAAGGUGGAGCCAGCCUGGUCCUCUCCUUUGGAGUCUGCAUAUGGCACCCCAAGCAGCCCGCCAGGAAGUGCGAGCUUCUUCUACAGGUGUCACGUGUGUGGCUUCGAGACCGACGGGCGCCUCCUUUUCCGAUCUCACAUGACGGAGCAUCGGCGGCAGGAGCGCGGCUCCUUUUCACUGCACUGCUGCGUGUGCGACCACUCCACCAAUCAGGAGGCGGCCAUGAGGGCGCACGCCGACAAGCACGUGCUGGGCAGAGCAAGCAGAUGCCCCCUCACCCUUCCCGCCGGCAGCGCGCCCACAGUUGCCACGGCAACCCCGCCGGAGACGAGCACCUCGGAGCAUCGCUGCCGCAUCUGCCAGAGGUCGUUUCCCGGGCAACCGGAGCUGCUGGUUCACUUCCAGGGUCAUCGCCAAGGCAACCAGUACCGUUGCGAGCGCUGCGGCCACCUGACGCGCACCGCCAACAAGCUGGUGGAGCACGUACGCGUGCACACGGGUGAGCGGCCCUUCACCUGCCACCUUUGCCCGUACAGCGCCAAGCGGCGGGACAGCCUGCGCCUGCACUGCAAGGUCAAGCACGGAGCGCACGCCAACGUGGCCGCCCCCAGCGCCCCCGGCAACGUGCACACGCACCGCUCCUACGUGCACGCGGACAAUCCCAGCAAACACGUUCGGCGGCUGCACACCAACGUGCCCUCCUCAUCUUCAUCCUCUCCUCAUCUUGCUCUUCAGGCCUCGCUAUGUGAGCUAGCAGGGUGGAGGGAUUUGUCUCCUCUCGUGCCCAUCACGACUCUCCUCUCGCUGAAGCCUCAAUUUACUGCGCCUCCGUCCGCUCCCUCCUCCUCCUCUUCUUCUUCCUCCUCCUCCUCCUCCUCUUCCAACAAACAUUCUUUCCUUGGCUACCUUGGCCUGACAUCUUUAUGAAUGUCUUCUUUUCUCCUCCGUCCUCAUCUUUCGCUCACGGUGGAUGUAACGCUCCCGCCUCCCCAUUUGAGAAUGUCCAAAACCGACACGCUGAACGGCAGAAGCAGCGGGGCAGUCCCCGCCGCCUGUUUUUCGCUAAUCAUUGAAGUGCUAGCUCGUAAAGCACUUGACUCCUUUUCUUAUCUUGAAUUAUUAUUACUACUCAGUAUGUAUUGUCCUUCAGAAACUGCCAGCUUCGUCAAGUCUUUGGGUGAAUUUACAACGUGAUGGAUGAUGACAGCCAGAUCAUCGGACCAAAACUGUAAAUAUUACCUUGAGGUCAUUAGCACCCUCAACAUUUUGAUUUAGCUAGCAGCUAACGGCAAUUCAUGUUAGGGAUGCUCCAAUAUUCCUUGGGAAUGAGGAAAUAAUAUUGCCCACAAUGCAAUAGAGUUGCACUAGAAUACAUUCAUCUUUGUCUUUGAUCUUUUACAUAGGGCCCCCUAGUGUUCGAACUGAGACACUAAAUAACUUCGUUUAUUUGAAGUGUGACAAGAAAAACUUGCAGUUGGAUGUUAAAAUGACAAAUUGUUUAUCUCAAAGGAGUUACCAUUUUUUUCCAUGUAUAAUGCGCUCCCAUGUAUAAUACGCACCCUAAAAAUGGCAUGUUGAUGCUGGAAAAAAGCCUGUACCCAUGUAUAAUACGCACCCAAAUUUUGACACCUACUUAAGUCCGUAAACGUAAAAUUAUUUCAGAAAAAAGAUCAUCUUUGGGAACAAACGAAUGUUAUUCUGCCGGUCAGUAUCACUGCGCAUGCGCUCGCAAACUCGAUAGCGAAGAAAUGUUUCGGAUUUGUCAGAUUUGCGUCUGAUACGAGAGCAUUGUGUUCCGAUGGAGCGUGUUUGAAGUGAACAGCAGAGAAGAAAGCGCAUCUGUAAUGGCGGCCUCCGUAUCAUAUCCGGAUUAAAAAAAAAAAAUUGUACCCAUGUAUAAUGCGCACCCCAGAUAUUAGGACAAUAAAUUAGUUAAAUUUUGCGCAUUAUACAUGGAAAAAAACGGUAGAUUUAAAUUAGACCUAUGAAAAAAAUUGUUAAAAUACACAUUUUAAUCACAAUUGCAAACCACAUUGGCAUUAAGUAUCGGUACUUUCUAUCGACAAAUACUUGUACUUGCACGGAAUCUGGGAAAAAAGUGCUAUUGGAGCAUCCCUAAUUAACGUGAUUAUUGCCCAAAUUAUCUGCAUGAAAAUGUAUGAGUCUUUUUUUUUUUUUUGCCAAACCAGUUCUAAAUCAAUGCUGCAGUAUAUUUUGUUUCCUUUUUGUGUGUUACUUAUCUUGGUUUGCUUGCAUUGUAGUUGUGUUGAUGGAGGUUCUGAAGGACAAAGAUGCUCUUUCUGAUCUUUCUGUUGUAUAUAGCGAUCCAUGUGCACUUUGUGGGCUUGCUGAUGCAAAAAAAAAAAAAAAGACUAAUCAUAAGAUUUGCGCCAUUUUUUAUAGACCUAUAUCGCAUACCAAGAUUGUUUUCCGGGACAGUUUGACCAGCGACUGUCGAUUGAUUGUCUUGUUACAAAUAAGCUCACAGAUUCAGCAGAGUCAGAGAUGAAGUAGAUCGCUGUGAUCUAUUCUGCUGAAUCUUGUUUGCUUCUGCUUGAUCAAUAAAGUUUCAUUUCACGAA